GUGGCGGCAGUCACACCGCGUCUUUCAAGCUGGACGGACGCACGAGCAGCUACCGUUCUCUUAUUUCGUUCCACCGCGACGCGCAGAAGGGAAUGCAAGCGAGCAACGAUAAUUCAUCAAUUCAUUUAUUAACGAAUUAAUGAAUUCUGUGAAGAAAUUUCUGUCUGGGCGCCUUAAGAACGAAAGUUUUCUGUUUGAAUACGGAUAUAUUUUAUCGCGCUUUUUAAUCACUUAACAUUUCUUGUACUGACAUCUGUAAGACUUUAAAUUUCCCUUUGAAAUGGUUGAAGAACAGUUCACAGAUAACGGCGUGUCAACAUUAUUCGUGGCGUUAAUGUCCUCAAUCUCUUUGUUUUAGACGUCUGUCUUUUGUUUAGUGACUAUAACGCAGCACUGCUCGUAAACGACAGCCAUGCCCAUUUUAAUUACUUAACACGCGACUUCAUAAUUUAGAGGAUGAACAUAAAGUUUUUAUUUUUAUAUACAUGACAGUAAAAGCGAUUUUAGAAGAAACUUAUGAAUAUUAUUUUUAAAAACUUAAUGGUUCAGUUCACAGACGUAGUUCCAUUUCGUGAUGGCAGUACCAAUUUCAACAGCUCGAGCCUUACUGACCCACGGCUGUUCGACAGCGAUGUAUCAACCCAGGAUGUCAGUCCGGAGGAACUGUUACUGCUAAUAGGUUUACCAGGGAUGAGCGACGUUGGUAUGAUCACGGCAUUGCCUGCAGAAGAGUGUCAGAGAAUCAUUAGCCUUAACGCUUCCUUGUGGACGUUGCUGACAGUGUACGCAAAUUCGAGUGGUGAGUUCAAGUGCUUGCGCCACGCACCAGAGUUUACUAACAAGAUAGCCGUCAAGACAGCCGUCCUCACAGUAAUGGCAGUCUUGUCAUUUGUGGGAAACACGUGGACAAUAGCGAGCAUUAGGAAGAACAGGUCUGCGAAAAGAUCUCAUCAGUCGUGGAGCGCGGUGUACACGCUGAUCUUGCAUCUCUCCAUAGUGGAUUUGUUGGUGACACUGUUCUGUCUUGCUGGUGAAGCUGCCUGGAGCUAUACUGUUGCGUGGGUAGCUGGUAACGCAGAGUGCAAGAUAUUCAAGUUUCUUCAGAUGUCCAGUCUUUACCUCUCGACAUUUGUGCUCGUGCUUAUAGGAGUGGACAGAUUUGUGGUUGUCAAGUAUCCGAUGAAAUCCCUCAACACUGCACGGCGUUUGAAUCGCCUCAUAAUUUUCGUGUGGGUAUUGAGUCUUACACUCAGCAUUCCCCAGUUGGUGAUCUUCCACGUGGAGAAAGGGCCAUUCUACGAAGACUUCUACCAGUGCGUGACAUUCGGAUUCUACACAGAGCCAUGGCAGGAGCAGCUGUACACGACGUUCAGUCUCGUCUGCAUGUUCAUUCUGCCUCUCCUCAUUAUCAUUUCCACUUACGUCUCUACUAUAAUCACCAUCUCCAAAAGCGAAAAGAUGUUCAAAGCUGAAGUGGAGACUGGGGGCAAACACGUAGCCUCUGAAGUGAACAGACGUCGUAUAAUCCACCGAGCCAAGAUGAAGUCUCUGCGAAUUUCAGUGGUGAUUGUGGUUGCUUUCAUCGUGUGCUGGGCACCUUAUUACAUCAUGAUGAUAAUCUUCAUGUUCCUCAAUCCUGACGAACACCUUGGUGAGGAUCUUCGUAACGGCAUUUUCUUCUUUGGAAUGUCCAACAGUUUGAUAAACCCACUUAUAUAUGGUGCAUUCCAUCUUUGGAAGCCAAAGAAAAGCAAACAGAAUGAUAGCGUUUCACAUUACAGAGACGGAUCCAUGGCUGGCCGCAGUAUAGCAAACAACACGAGUGUUAUUGAGGACAGGGGAGGAAGUAGAAGGGUGGUAAUGAACAGAGGUUCAACCCGGUCAUCAGUGACUCUACGCCAGGGAGACGUGAAUGAUGAGAAAACAACUGUUGUCCUUCUAGAACAAGUCAUGCCAGAUGGUAACAAUCACGGACUACAAAGAAACCGGAGUAGCAGACGACUUGCCAACAAGUUUCUUCUGCAUUACAAGGGUGUUCUUGGAGGUGGGGCCAACAUGCAGACGCACAUAUGAGACAGUGUCGGAGAAAGUGGUUACAGUUGACAAUUACGUCACUCCAGAGGACAUGCCCUGUAUCUGAAUGGUUCCAACUUUCCACGUACAUUUAUUUUUUUAAAACCGAUGAUCUACUUCUGUGAAUAUUUGCUUUCAUCUCUUAUUACGGUAACAAUAGUAGUAAAUGGGGCAUUAAUGAUAUGGGGCUGUAAGGAUACGUAUUUUUAUUUCAACGUUUUUGUACUUGAUGUAGAAUUUUAGGUUUUCAUAUCAUGUGAACAGAGAUGGUAUUUUGGAUUGCUGCACUAUGUAUUUUGUCUGCAUACAGCCAACAGACUAUCUAGAACAAGAAUCCUUAUUCUUUACUUGAUAUUUCUAUAUCACCACAGAUAUUUCUCAGCUUAUGAAAUAAAAAUAUAAAAUUUCAGUCUAUUAGUUUUAAUUAUCAUUCCCAAAUAAAAAUUAUUCUUAUGAUUUAACUUAAUGAUCUAGGAAGGUUGCAUGUUUUCAGCCUGUAUCAAUAGAACCCUUCUGUUGUAAAAACAAAUUUCUAUGAUUCCAUAUGUGUUUGAAGGCCAUGCAUCGAUUACAAUAUUUCUUCUCUUUUACUUUAAUUCAUUUCAAGAAUAAUAGAUUUAAAGUUCAAAGUGUUAUUUAUGUUUUGUUAAUAAAAAUUUUACAGUCAAGUGUCACAAUGGCCAAGCGAAAAAGAAUCCACUAUCUCUAAUUUUAAUUAAUUUGAAAAUUUAAAUACAUAAUUAAUAUUAGUAUAUGAAAAUAAACACUAUACUUUUGUAAGAAGGGAUACUUCAAAACUCCUCAGAAAUUCAUAAUGGCAAAGUGAGCAGGACCAUUUAAAAUACAAGUUUGAACAUAACUAGAUGAAAUCUGCACUCAAGAAAAAAGUAUUACCAAGAAUAAAAUAAUACUGAGGUAUUAACAAUUAUAAUCUGUAACAUAUCUAACCAUGGAAGCAAUAAAAAUUCAUCUCAUCCA